UUGGUCCUUUUUUCAAUUUUGUCUAAACCCGAUUGUAUUAAAUUGUUUAGUUUUCAGGUCAGAUGGGUAAAAAACGACCUUUUAAAAUCUGUCGAUGAAAAAAUUGGUGCACCGCUACUGAGUGAAAUUUUGGAUAUACAAGGUAUAAGAUUUGCAGAUGUCGAAGGCGUUGAAGCAGCAAAGAAAGCUCUUGAGGAAACGGUGAUUUUACCUGCUCUUAAUCCAGCAUUGUUUUCUGGGUUAAGACAGCCCGUUCAAGGGAUAUUAUUGUUUGGUCCGCCUGGUAAUGGCAAGACAAUGCUUGCUCGUGCACUAGCUGCUGAAUGUGGCUCAACCUUAUUUCUUAAUGUUUCUGCAGCGGUGUUAACAUCAAAAUGGGUUGGUGAAGCAGAAAAAAUUGUUCGUGCUUUGUUUCAAAUUGCUCGUAACGGUCAACCUUCUAUCAUAUUUAUUGAUGAAAUUGAUUCGGUUCUUUGUGAGCGUACUGAAAAGGAAACUGAGGUAUCUAGGCGACUAAAAACUGAAUUCCUGAUUCAAAUGGAUGGAAUUCGUACCUCUGAUAAAGAUCGUUUGUUGGUUAUUGGAGCCACAAAUCGGCCAUACGAUUUAGAUUCUGCAGUGUUGCGACGUUUUCCUAAGAGGAUACUUGUAGAUUUACCAGAUGAUGAAACACGAUCCAAAUUAAUUAUAUCACUCUUGCAAAAAAAUAAGACCAAUUUUGAUCUCUCCUCAUCUGGUCUAAGGGAUUUGGUUAAGCACACUGAAGGCUAUUCAAAUUCUGAUUUAGUAGCUUUAUGUCGGGAGGCGGCAAUGAUUCCUAUACGAGAACUAAGUCGCUCAGAACUUGAAAGCGCCUCAGAAUCGCAGCUUCGUUCAAUAAGAAGAGCGGAUUUCGAUUCGGCUUUGAAAUCAGUCAAACCAUCCACAUCAUUGUAUAAUAAAAAAAUUUCGCCAACAGUAAAUUCAUAA